AAAUGCUGCUGCAGAGGGUGAACAUGGAACCACAGGAGGAAGCUGCUGAAGAGAGCCCGUCAUUCAGAGUCAAUGUGGAGCUGCGGUAUUGGCUGGGGGAGCACAGCCAGGCAAGGCUCAGACAGCUUGGGGCCCUCUGUGUGGACGAGGUCACCAUCAAAGACCAAUACUACGACAAUGAGUCAUUCACGCUGGCGGCCAAUCAGGUGUGGCUCAGUAAACGAAACAGGCACUGGCACCUGAUCCUGGGCCAGAAGGCACACUUCAACCAAGCCUACGGACAAGCACAGCGGGAAUCUCAAGCAAGCCCACCAGAAAGUGCCGGCAAUCUAAAAACCAACGGGGCAGGCGGAAAGGCCGACCAGGAGAUUAAAGGAGACAUCUCGUCGAAAAUCCGAGAGGGACAGCAAAAAGUUUAUUCUUCUGAUCACCUGACCAGCGGUUCAGUGACUUCUUCUGCUCCUGGUCUGGACACAGACCUCAGUUACUGCGAGCUCACUACAGACAGAGAGAUCAUUGAGCGCUUGGCCCAGUGCCUGCAGAUUGCUUUGACGGCAGAGGAAAGAAGAAACAUGACAAUGGAAGCCUUUCUGAAGCUGGCAGGCAUCCACCACUACGGCAGCUGGAACGUUACCAAGAAGAUAACUUACAAGCUGGGGGAUACCUGCGGUGUGGUUAUAGAGAGACGAGUCGUCCCCUCCCAGGCAGCGGCUGUGCUGACGAUGGAGGCUGACGUGCUGAACAUCGUCAGCGAGCUGGAAAAGAUGGAGAGGAUCGCGACAGAACUGGAGCUUGAACCAGCUUCUUCAGCCAAGUGAUGCAUUUCACGUCCCUCCUUUUUUUAUUACCAAAAGGAAUGGUUUUACGUCUUGUAAGAUGCUGAACAAUGAUCAUUUCAUUAACUCUCAAAAAAAAAAAAUAAUAAUGAUUUUCUCUAGAAGGAAAACCAUGUAUUUUCUUUUAAAUUAUAGUGAAAAACACUAUCUGGCCAUUAAACAGUAAAACUCCCUUUGGAAUAAAAGGUAAAAACUAACACCUUAAAAAGAGGAUGGGGGUGGGGGUGGGGAGCGAUUCCAGUCACAAUAUUAAUACAAAUUUUUGCUCAUCUGUAAAGAUGUAAAGAUGUAUUUCUGUGGAGGGUCUUUUUUUCAGUCCUGUUUGAUAUGCUUUUUGUCUUUAAAAUCUGAAAUAAAUAUAAUGUUUCAAACAAGGCACUCAGUAAUAAUUACACAUUCAAACUGGAAUGCCUUCAGCUUUGCAAACUGAUGCAAGUCUGAAGCUGUCCUGAAAUAGUACUGGAACCCCCACAGCAGUACGCGAGUUGAGGGCCAGCUUCUUUCAAUGCAAUAGCUUGCAGGUUGUGCAUCUACUUUAUAUUAUACUUGAUAAGUACUUAAGUGCAUAACCUGCAUCUGGAUUUCCUCAGGGGCCACUUACUGUAAGUUCUCUAAACAAAGUGCUCCCCUAGAUGAACUGCUAUAAAACGUCUUGCUUUCAUUUUGCAUCUUCACGCUCCAUUGCUUUAAUGUCUGCUGAAGUAAUUUAUAUAAAAAGACAUCUGGUAUAACCGUGAUUUCAUGUACAGAUGGGCCGUCUUAAUGCAAAUCAGUUUUCAAUGAUAUUCUAUUUCACAAAUCAAUCUGAAGGCAAUUGAAUUAUCUGGCAGGUCAUUGUGCAUGGGCAUACUCUAUGAUACUGCAGGAAGCUGGAGGCAUGGUGACUGGCUAUGUUACUAAGCAAUACAGCAUUGCUCAGCAAACUGAAAUUGCAAUGCAGUCCUACUGUAUAUGAGUUUGCUGUGCAGUGCUGUAGUUCUCAGUAACUAGUCAGCCCUCAUGCCCCUAGCUUGCUGCAGGCUUGCUAUGCUGCUCUGUCUUGACAGGGAGCUGGAAGAGGAGUUGACUUGGCUUUUUAUUUGCAAAUGUUGUUAACUGCAUACAUUACUAACCAAGAUUUGAAAAUCUAUCUUCUAGCUGCUUUGUUGCACAUGCUAAUUCCUCACGGUCCCCCUUUUCACUGCUGAAGAUGGUUUUUGCUUGUGUUUUGUACUUCAGUUUGGACUGUGCAGAUGCAGAUGCAGAUGCAGAUGCAGUGUUGCGGCUGCUUUCUGGUACAGUACCUGAUCACUGCAUGUGUCGCACUUCAGACUAAACCCAAUCAGACCACAUAAACGGAUGCAGCCGUUCAAAAUAUAGCAUCGUAGCUGAAAUAUUUGCACAUCCUGAAUUAACAAAAAAAAAUGCAAAAGACCCUAAAGAUUCUGAGCACAAUAAAAGGAGGAUCAGUACUAAUGUCACUAAAGCUGAUAUGAGGCCAGAUACCUGAUUUCAAAAGAACCGGUUUCAAAGUAUUAUUGUACAUCACUUCUUUAAACAAGCAGAUGCACGGUAUUGAAUAACAGUUAGCAUUUCUACCCCCUAUCAAAAUGAUCUGUUGUUUAUCUGAAAACACACCAGUUUGGAUUUGCUUAUGCAUGAAAAAGAAAAACAAGUGUCUAUGAAUAAACUAGUUUUAUACUGUGCUGUAAGCCUGGGUGGGGGUGGUAGCUGACUGAACGCAGACUGAGGCUAGCCUGUUUUCUAUGAUACACUGUCCUGCUCAAGAUAAUAAUGCACAUGGUCAAUUUCACUGCGAAUCAAAAAUGCUUAGCUUUGGAGACGGGGGACUUUGCUAAAGCUACAGUUUUUUUUGUGGAAGACUCCAAACCUCUGUUACAGCAGCUGCUGAAUCGCUGAUUGUGGUAUUUUAAUGUCCGAGUUACUACAAGUGACAAUACUGCAGCUUCGGUAUGGCUGUCUGGCGUCUCCACAAUACAGCUCUUUGGAUUUGGAGGUGAAGGAUACCUUAAAAGGCUUUUCAAGGGUUUCAUCAGACUGCUGGGACUACUGGGUAGCAUGUCUGUUAAACUGGUCCCACACGGUUCCUGAAGAGCUUGCACAUAAAUGGUAGUUGUACCUCUCAAGUGUCUCUGUAUACAACACCAUACGGAACUCAGAUUGAUCUAUCUGAUUGAUAAGUAUUACAGCAAACUUCAAUAGGUCUCUUUCUUUCAUCCCAGGACCAUGUCUUGGCCUUUCCAGGUCAAGUGGACCCCAUUCCGGGGAGGAGUUUCUUCCAUCUGUGGUUGGCGACGAUACAGAAAGCACAUGUUUUUUUUGUUUUUUUUAAUGUUCCCUUUUCAUGGCAGUACUGUAUUGUUAGCCACCUACUUCAGCAUGCUUCACAGGACCCCAGUGCUUGCUGGGAGUUCAGACGCAACUUCACUGGGCUUGUAAGGACAGUAAAGUGAUUCAGGAAAAGGCACUAAACCAAUGACAAGAGUCUGCCUCAUCCCAGCAGCUUCAACACUGUCAAAAGUCUGGCAGCAGAAAAUCGGAUCAAUCAGUGCCUGUACAUAGGCAUUCCUUGUAUUUAGUUGAAGAUGCAUGAAUAUACAGUAUCCACAUGUUACAGGAUUGUGAAAUAAAGUCAUUAUAAAUCU